AUGGCAGGGAAGGACCCCGAUGCUCGCGUGGAGGUGCCCAUUUCAGCCAUAUCUUCCUUCGCACAGCCACAGGUGCACAUGACGGUGGCAAAGGCUGCCAAGGUUCUGGGCUUCGACAACCAGGAGGAGCUCCGAAAGUUCAGCUCGCCCCUGCUGAAAAACCUUGGCUUCGAGCCGCUGGUCACUGGCGGGGUGCUGGGCGCUGCCCUCUUCAAUCGUUUGGUGCUGAUCUGCGCCAGCAAGACCUCGCAGGCGCGGAAGCUGCUCGAUGAGCUGUCGACAUCCUGGAGGUCCCCUGGCGGCCGGUCCAAGACCCGGGAGCUUCCAGCGGAGCCCGUUCAGGCGGGUCCUUUGCCUCCUUGGCCUGGCUGUGCGGCAGAACUGGUGGGCAUGGAGAAUGAGCCUUUGGAGCGGGUGAGGCAGUACCUGCAGUGGCGUUGCAGAAUGAAGCAUUUUGCAGGCGUGGCCUGUGGCAUUGUGAAGAAUGGCAGCCUGGUCUUUUACCAGGACGCAGGAUUUCAGGAUGCGGAGCAGAAGGCGAAAAUGUCGGGCAACACCCUUGUCCGGCUUUUCUCCAUGACGAAGUGUUUAGUUGCCCAGAGCUCAGCAGUCCUGCAGUUUUGCUGGUGCAUCGAGUGCUGCUGA